GCUGUGCGUUAAUGAAACACCAGUCCGCACCGGGCUACUCAGUCACCGUUGCACCGGAGCAGAACACUACCGAGGGGAUCUGCCGCGGGUCGGUUAAACUCAGACAAUGAACGCCACCGCAGGACUCCAAGAGUGGCAGAUUGACACUCUGUCGCGACUGUACCUGUCGACGCUGAGUUUCAGUUUGGUGGGAAGCGCUUCAGUGGUGCUUCUGUCCAUCAUCAAGAGGCGUGACCUCAACGAACAGGUCAAGCCUCUGGUGCAGCUGGGCUCAGCGGACUUCCUGGCGUCUGCCGUCCUCCUGGGCACCAACAUGCUGAACGUGCUGCCGCUGUCCUCCGCGCUGCGCUCGAACGUGCUGCUGUGUGAGCUGGCGCUCUCGCUCUCCCUGAUGUUCUUCUGGAUCUCGUUCCUGCUGGCGAUUCUCUACGCUUGUGAGUCGACGUUUGCCACCCAGGGCUGGAGAGAGAGGACAGAGCAGGGAGACCAGCACGAGAUCAGGAGAAGGAGCAGAAGGUUUGGGCUCUUCUAUGCCAGUGUGUGGUUGGUGCCUAUGAGUGCGUUCAUUGUGUAUGCGGUGACCAUGACCACUUCCAUGGUGGACAUGACGCCUGUGAGCGCAGACAACAGCCACAACAAGAGUCUCACCCCUCCUGCUGAGUACUGCACCAGCUGCCUGCUGUUCCUUCACAUACAAGGGGACAACUGCUCUGAUAUGGAUAAAGACCAUGACCUGCUUGUUAGGGGAUUACUCUUUGCCAGUCUGCUGUCCGUGGUAGUCAUUUGCACGGUGGUGUAUUGUAAGCUGCACAGCUGGUCUCGUCAGUAUGAUGACCGGUCAGUGAUGUCCAGGAGGAGACUAAAGGGAGCCCUGAGCUCAGCACGCUACAUCAUCAUCAACACCAGCAUCUGCUGGAGUCCAGCUCUUCUCCUCCUCUCUCUGUCCUUCCUUAAGCAGGUCACUCAAGAGCAGCUGUUUCCGCUCUAUAUCCUACAGGCGUUGUUCGUGUCCCUGCACGGGUUCCUGAACAGCGUCGUGUAUGCGUGGCGGCGGCCCAACUUCCGGGAGGCCGUGCUGGGGGAGCGCAUGCCCCUGCUGUCCUCCUCCCACCGGGCCUACUUCGAGGAGUCGCUCCCCACACCCUGCUGAACCCCCGCAGGACAAACAGCCUCUCAUGAAGCACAGAGGCAAGACUAGAGGACCGAGAGAAGAGGGGAGAGAGAGAGAAGGAGAGAGAGAGAGAAGGAGAGAGAGAGAAGAGGAGAGAGAGAGAGAAGGAGAGAGAGAGGAGGAGAGAGGGAGAAGAGGAGAGAGAGAGAGAGUUCAGGACUGACUGGCUUCUCACUUUAGACCGUGUGGUUUUUUGUUGCUCAGUGGAGUUAUCGUUUUCAGUGGCAUUCCUGGUCAUGUGUGUGACCGCACCUAGUCAUGUGUGUGACCGCACCUAUUUUCUAUGGACGUGCUCGUGGAUGUGCAAAGUCCAGUUGCCUUCUACACAGUGUGGGCGCCUGGCGUGAGAAGGACAAGUGCUACAAACUAGCAAAGCCAGCUGUGUGGCGCCUGGUGCCUCAAUACGCCAAAUGAAGGACAAGCUUCUGAGAGACACUUGGAGAAGAGGAGAGGAGAGGAGAGGAGAGGAGGAGAGGAGAGGAGGCACUUUAAGAGACCAUGUUCUGUGGAUUAAUGCUAUGCUGCCGAUCUGGGAACCAGGAGCAGUCCAAGACAUACACACACACACACACACACACACACACACACACAUACAGGUCUGAGGUCAAAAGUCACUGGCGUGACCCCCCGGUGACCCCCUGGUGACCCCCCAGGCUGGGUACAGUGCUAUGGAGGAGCUCAGUGAUGUGUGUGCAGGCUGAAAUCUCCAUGGCAACCCAAAUGAUGAUUUAUUUGACGUUUUGAAGUAUUCAUUUGCUCAGAGAAUCAUGAUGUUGUGAUGAUGCUGAUAUUUUGAGGUGUGACUGAAGAGUGGAGUACCCGUUUAGACUGUUCUCAGGACAGCUGUGUGUGUGUGUGUAUGUGUGUGUGUGUGUGUGUGUGUGUGUGUGUGUGUGUAUCCUCAGUCAGACUGUAAAGUGUGUGUGUUAAUGGCACAAUAAAAGU